CUUUCCCUCUCCUUCUCUCUCUCGAGGUCUCUCUCCCGAGGUCUCUCUUCAUUGGUGUCUUGAUUCCUUCACACCUUCCUCUCCUUAUUUUUCACCUCGAGCCACCGACCUGGUGCCCUAUUCGAAUCCCACCAAAGGGCCUUGGUCAUGUUCGGGCACUCCUUCUUGCCUUCUCGCAUAACCGCAUCCCUACAUAUCGAACCGGUCUUGCGCAACUUCUCAAUAUAUAUUGUUGAAGUUGCUGAAGUUGUUAAAGUGGAAGUAUAGAGGGAGAUCAACUACCGGCCAGAGAUAAACUCGAGGGAUUAUCUCACGUCGUCUAUAAUCUAGUGUCAGCCUGUAACCCUUGGUAUUCUGGUCCUCGUCAUGGUUGUCGGCUACGGCUGGAUUUUGUUGGAAAAAAAAGGUUGUAUUUGCCACGGGGAAAAAGGGCCGUGGUAUAUCCGCUCUGAGUCUUGUAAUCUCCAUACGCCGCACUAGGCCUCGCCAUCCUACAGGACCCUAGCCUGUUCGGUUCGUCGCCCGCAGACCGCGAACUGGCGCUUCGGUUGUGUCCUUUGGUGUAGUAUGGCUGGAGACCAUCGGAACAGGGGACAUCUACCUAGACACGACCAUCACGACGACUCUCCAUAUCCACCAAGGCCUGGUGGCCAAGACCAACACUCCAGGGCGUUUCCACAUCACGCUCGACCACAAAUGGCUUCUUCUGGCACAGUGACCCUGCCAGCAAUUCAGUCGCCUCCUCAAGACCGAGAAAUGUACGCGCCGACCAAUUGGGAUCCAAGAGAUCCAAGGACCUCCGUCUACGGCCCAUCGCCGAGCGCUACCAACGGCUAUCCGCCCCCUCCCGGUGGCGUGCCCGCCGGUCCUGGCGUAUACUCGCCUGCGGGUGGUAGAAACCCUUAUCCUGUUCCAGGUGCUUCCCACCAACCCUACUCUCUGCCACCAGUCCAAGCGCAUCAAGACCCCAGGACUAGCUACCAGCCAGAGACACGUGCGCCGCCUUAUUACUCUCAGAAUUUUGUGCCGUUCAGUGGGGGGCCGAACGCUCACGAAUACGGCUAUCAUCCAGACCGCGGCCCGCCUGUCCCCUAUACACCGGAAUAUGCAAGAGGCGGCCCACCAGUCGGUGCCGUUAUCUCCCAUGGGCAGUCUGCGCCUAGGCAGCGGACUUCUAUCGCAUGCAAGUACUGCAGAAGGAGAAAGAUACGCUGCAGCGGCUACGCCAACUCGCCGGGAGGGAAGUGUACUAAUUGCAUCAAAAUGAACCAGGAAUGUGUUUUUCAACCUGUUUCAUCCACUUCAUCUACCGCGUUUGUACCUGUGUCCGCAUUGACAAAUGGCGUUCCACCGGGUACGCAGUUAUUUGGAGCAUAUGGCCAACCUUUGGGAGCAGGGCCAGCUAACUAUCCCGUUGGGACAAGCUAUCAAGCCAACACACCGCAUUACGAGCAGCCGCUUCCAUCUCCUACCGGGUCAAAUAGUUCUUAUUGGGAGGACAGGCCAGAAAAUAGCAGGAGGCGUCACAGGAUGUCUGACGAACACGGGGUCCGCCUUCCACCCCCUAGCACGUUCCCCGACGACAACUCUCGGCGGCGAUCUCCUUCCAGCAGCAGUCCCAAUCACUUGCAGCCUUUCCAGGUGACCAAACCUCAGCCGAUUCCACAUCAGGGUUUCGAAAAUAGAACGCCUCCACCCAAGAGCAGCCCAUCCGGUGCUACGGGUAGCAGUGCCCCAGGCAGAUCGGUUAUGAAUCUGGAAAACAUCAUGAGUUCAAAUUCUUCAGGAAGCGAGAUCGACAAAGGCAUGCUCGGUCGAUUAAAUCGUGGUGCGAAGUGA